AUGAAGGCGUCAACUCAACCUCUACGGGCGGUCCUGCGCCGACCGAGUCCCCGGUCAACGUCAAUACUCCCUACCGCCGCGACGUCAACAUCCCACUUACAAGAGUCUGGCCGUGUGCCGGUAAGACAAUCGCAGCUACAACAUCAAGAGACAGCAUUCUUCUCUGUACUGAACCGGCCAGCACCAAGUUAUCCCGGCCAUGUCCCGCUCACCAAAGUCGAGCGCUUCGCUCUGGCCCUGGGCUCCGGCAUCGGCUCGCUCAUAAACCCAUAUCGAGCAGACCUAAUCGCGACUUGCGGCGAGACGACCGCAACACCCUACUUUAUUUAUCGGCUACGACGGGCCAUGCUAUCGGACCCGACGGGACGACGCAUCCUGCGCGACCGGCCGCGCAUCACAUCGCAGUCCCUCGACCUGCCGUACCUGCGGACGCUGCCGCCGACCACGGUGGGCGGCAACUACGUGGCGUGGCUGGACCGCGAGGGCGUCAGCCCGGAUACCCGCGCCGACGUGCGCUACAUUGACGACGAGGAGUGUGCCUACGUUAUGCAGCGGUACCGCGAGUCGCACGAUUUCUACCACGCACUCACGGGCCUGCCCAUCGUUCGUGAGGGCGAGGUUGCCCUCAAGGCCUUUGAGUUUGCCAACACCCUGCUGCCCAUGACGGGCUUUGCCUGCCUGGCCGUCGGCACCAUGAAGCCGAGUGAGCGAAAGAGGUUUUGGGAGGUGUACGGUCCCUGGGCGCUGCGAAACGGCAUGAGAAGUCAAGAGGUCAUCAACAUAUACUGGGAAGAAGAAAUGGAGACGGACUGCGAGGCUCUGAGAAAACGCCUCGGCAUUGAAAGGCCGCCUGAUCUGAGAGAAACCCGCAAGAAGGAAAAGGAAGACCGCAAGAGGAGAAAAGAGGCAGGAAAGGCCAUGGGUGAUGUCGCGAAUGCUGCGUAA